AUGAUUUUCGUUUACCCAAUACUCUUUCUUGUAUCGUUUCUUCUCUACAACGUGUACUCGCUGUAUUUAAAUUACAAAGAUGCAUCGGCAUUGGGAUUGCCCCGCGUAAUCAGCCCUAUCACUCCUGAUAACCCUUUGUGGAUUGCACUCCAAACGAUAUUCAAGACUGUUGUACGGCAAUUCCCCUUCAGUGCAUUUUCAUUCACGAGACACACCCGUCUGGGAUGGGAAUUCCACGAUAGGUUCCAUACUCACGUACGUCUUGGAGACGCUUGGAUUCUGGUAACGCCCACAAGAAACUGGAUUUUUGUAGCAAACUCUGCCACUGUUACUGACAUCUUUUCUCGUGGUCGGGACUUUGUACGCCCUAUAUGGAUGCUGGAAGCCCUCAAUGUCUUUGGACCAAACAUCUCGACUGCAGAAGGACACGAUUGGCAGAGACAAAGAAAACUCACUGCCACUCCAUUCAAUGAACAAAAAAGCCCUCAGGUGUGGGACGAAUCUUUUCGCCAAGCCGAGGAUAUGUUGCAGUCAUGGUGUUCUCAAAGUAGGGAUGGGACAAAUGCAACGCCGGACGAUACUAGAACUUUAGCUUUACACGUGCUUGCAUAUGUUGCUUUUCAAAAGUCAUACCCAUUUGGUAGCAUUUCUCACCACACAAUUCAGGAUCAAGACUUUCUGACUUAUCGGGAUUCUAUCUCGAUCAUCCUGGAGAAUGCCCUGCUCACAAUGGUUCUUCCCGAGAAGCUGUUCAAUCUGCCAUUCUUGCCACGCAGCUCUCAGCAAGUUGGGUGGGCAAUCAAUUCAUUCCGCAACUAUAUGGCUUCCCAAGUGGCAGCGGAGAAGAGAUUAAUACAGAAUGGCGAGUCUGGUAACGGGAACCUGGUCAGUAACUUGGUCCGAGCCUCGAACGAAAGCCAUUCUACUAGCCUAGAUCCCGGCGAAGACAAUAAACUCAAGCCUUUGACAACCGCCGAAAUCCUUGGUAACAUCUUCGUGUUCAAUUUUGCUGGACACGAUACGACUGCUAUAUCGCUUUCCUACUCCAUGCUACUUUUGGUGGCGAAUCCACAGGUUCAGGAUUGGGUUCACGAAGAAAUCAAGUACUAUGUUGGGGGUCGAGAUCCUAAAACACUGGCAUACAGUGAGCUGUUUCCGAAGCUCAAGCGAUCUCUUGCGGUUUUGCUUGAAACACUACGUCUUUAUAAUCCUCUUCCCGGUAUACCAAAAUAUACCGGCUCCAAGUCCACCGACCUGGUAGUCGAUGACCAGACCUAUCACAUUCCUGCCAACUAUUUGGUGGUUCCUCAUUUGCAAGCUUUGCAUACACACCCCCGUCAUUGGGGUGGUGACUCCCUGACAUGGCGUCCAGAAAGAUGGAUUGAAAACUCUUGCAAUCUUGAGAAAGAAAGUCUAUUUAAUCCACCCAAGGGCACUUACUUUCCGUGGUCCGAAGGGAUUAGGAACUGCCCCGGCAAGAGGUUUGCGCAAGUUGAAUUUGUUGCCACCUUGACAGCACUUUUCAGGAGCCAUGCUGCCGAGCCAGUGCCCAACAAAGGCGAAUCCCUCGACGCAGCUAGGAAGCGAACUUUGGACACUGUCAAAGAUAGUAACGUGGAGUUACUUCUACAAAUGGCAAAUCCAAGAAGUGUUUCUAUCCGAUGGAGACAAAGGCCAGCUGAAAAGUAG